GGGAGUGCCCACUUUUCAAACAGCACUAUGAACUAACCCAAGAAAAUGAGAUUAACAUAUUCACACUGGCCAUGGUUAUCGGUAGAGAAAGAGACUCUUAGUUUCACCAAAUAAACGAAGCGUGUACGUGCCCGGCCCCUUUAUAAAACACUCUCUUAGUUUCACCAAUUUGUUCCAACGUUGCUCCCAUCACUCAACUGUCACAACAACAAACACUUCAUCUUCUGAGCCUUCUACCUUUCUUUCUUUCUUCAAUCAAUUAAGGCGAGGUGAAUUAAGGAUGAUGCAAAUUUCGUCAACCAUGUACAUGCCUGAAUUUGGAAUGGAGGACCCCACUUUGUUUCACCAAUACCCUAUGGAUAAUUCUGUAUUAUUCCAGCUCGAAGAUCUUGACUUUGAGUCCUUCUCCGCGUCCCCAAAGAACUCUUCCUCUCCCAAGCGAUUCAACUCCGAAAGCACACAAAACUCUUCCCUCACUCAAAAUCCUGAACAAUAUUCUGUUACCCCUCCAAGACCAACCAAGCAAAAUAAGACUGUGAGCACUACUUGGAGUGCUUACAACACUCAUGACAUGAUGGCUCCGAAAGCUUCUUCUUCUUCAUCCUCCAAGAUCAUCUCCUUUGAGAACUCCAAUGCAUCUUCGGUUACUUCCCAACAACUAUACAACGUGGAUGCUGCUUCCAAAGUGAAGAAGCCCAAGAGUGAAACUGGGUAUGGUGAAAACUUGGAUUUUGCAGCAGCUGCGGCUUCUCAAAGUGUCUAUGACAACAACAGUUUUCUAGAUCACUAUGAUACUCGAGAGAAAAAGGCUGCAGCUUCAUUGACUAGAAACCCUACCCAAGCUCAAGAUCAUGUAAUAUCCGAGAGAAAACGAAGGGAAAAGCUCAGUCAGAGGUUCAUUGCUCUUUCGGCUAUAAUUCCUGGACUCAAGAAGAUGGACAAGGCUACCGUCUUGGAAGAUGCUAUAAAGUACGUGAAACAACUACAAGAAAGGGUAAAGACUCUGGAGGAACAAGCUGUGGAUAAAACAGUUGAAUCAGCAGUAUUUGUGAAGAGAUCUGUUGUGUUUGCCGGUGAUGAUAGCUCCGACAACGACGAAAACUCCGACCAGUCGCUCCCCAAAAUCGAAGCAAGAAUUUCUGGUAAAGAGGUACUAAUCAGAAUCCACUCCGACAAACACAGUGGAGGAGCUGCUGCUAUACUAAGGGAAUUAGAGAAGCAUCAUCUCACAGUUCAGAGUAGCAGCUUCUUGCCCUUUGGGAAUAACACUUUUGACAUUACUAUUGUUGCCAAGAUGAACAUGGACUACUGCUUCACAGCAAAGGAUCUCAUAAGAAGCUUAAGUCGGUGUUUGAGGCAGCUUUGAUAGUGAAUAGUAUUUAACCAGUUCAAGAAAUUCACUGAUCUAGCUACAUUGAUUUGUUGGUGUGCAUGCAUGAGAUAACUAUAGGAAAAAUACUUAUAAUAAGACUUUUUUUUUAUCGCAGUGCUUUCUUUUUCCCUAGUCCAUCAUCAUGGAUUUUGGAGUAAAAUAUCAAUGGCCUGCAACUACUGCAACUGUCUUGAGUCUGUUAUGCCGUAGAGUUCAAGAUAAUGCCAAGUGUUUUCCCUUUUCUCCAUAUAGUUUUUGCGUAGUUGAUUCGUUAACUACGUUAAUAUACCCCAUAAUGGCAUUUUUGUAAUUUCCACAGCUGUUGUCGUUGUUUAUAUAUAUAUAUAUAUAAAGAGGGGUUUUUGAGAGGAUUUGACUAUAUUCAAAUAGACCUCUUUCUUCCUUCUUCCGCGUUGUGAACAGGGUCUAGCUAGUUUGAUUGGAAAAAAAUGCUGGCAGCAUUUAUUUUA